CCUUGAAGCGGACCUCCAUCUUGGUCCCAUUCAGACACCCAGCUGCAGUACCGCGGAUUGUAAUGGCAACAGUCGAAACAAAGUCAUUUUAUCAGUUUGGAACCAGCUCCCUGGCUGUUCCCUUGAGCCUUCAUGCUAUUAACCGAAGACGUCUUUGCAAGCGACUUACAAAUAACACAGCUGUUCCAAAAGGAGCAAUAAUAUUACUUCAAGGAGGGGAACAGCAUCAAAGAUAUUGUACAGAUGUAGAUGUUGUAUUCCGACAGGAGUCUUUUUUCCACUGGGCAUUUGGUGUACUAGAAACAGGUUGCUUUGGUGCUGUUGAAGUCGAUAGCACCUGUGCCAUUUUGUUUUUUCCCAAACCUCCACCUGGUUAUCCUAAAUGGGUGGGCAUGAAGAAUGGUUUAGAGCACCUAAGAAAACGUUAUGAAGUAGAGGAAGUCUACUACAUUAACCAGAUUGUUGAUGUGUUGGAUAAGAAGAAUCCCUCAGUUCUUCUUACAUUGAAAGGUAUAAACACAGAUUCAAGGCACAUUUGCAAAGAAGCUAUAUUUGAAAACAUGAACAAGUUCCACGUGGACAACACUAUUUUACAUCCAGAGAUUUCUGAAUGCCGUGUCUUCAAAACAACCCAGGAACUGGAUGUAAUACGCUAUGCUAACAAAAUAAGCAGUAAGGCACACAAAGAGGUAAUGAAACAUGUCAGACCAGGGAUGACCACAUAUCAAGGAGAAAGCCUGUUCCAGCACUAUUGUUUUUAUCAUGGAGGAUGUCGCCACUUGGCUUAUAACUGCUUAAUGGCAAGUGGUGUAGACUGUGCUUGCCCUUCUCAUACAGUUGAAGUAGAUAGUAAAGUUAUACAGGAUGGAGACAUGUGUCUAUUUGACAUGGGUUGUGAGUAUUACUGCUAUGCGUCAGACAUCACGUGUUCAUUUCCAGCUAAUGGCAAGUUCACAGACGAUCAGAGGAAAAUUUAUGAAAUUUGUCUCCGGGCAAAUCGAGGAGUUAUGGCAGCAAUAAAACCCGGUGUGAGUUGGGCCGAUAUGCACCGUUUAGCAGACCGUAUUCAGCUGAAGGGCCUCAGAGACAUAGGGCUCUUAGAAGGAGACGUAAAUGAGAUGAUGAAGUUACAUCUGGGUGCUGUUUUUAUGCCAUAUGGUUUGGGACAUUUGAUGGGCGUUGAUGUGCACGAUGUUGGAGGAUAUCCUAAAGGAACUGAGCGAAUCAAUGAACCAGGCCUCCGCUCGCUUAGAACUAUCCGCGUCCUAGAAGAAGGCAUGGUACUCACCAUUGAACCGGGAAUUCAUUUCAUUCGUGGACUUGUCGAGGAGGCGUUAGAAAAUUCUGACACGGCGUGUUUCUUCAACCGAGAAGUCUUAGACCGAUUUUGGCGUGUAGGAGGGGUUCAUAUCGAAGACGAUAUAGUGGUGACGUCAGACGGCGUAGAACUGUUGACAGAUGUGCCUCGUACAGUAGAUGAAAUCGAGGCACUGAUGGCUCAGGAAUCUUAAGAAUCAGCAUUAUCUUGAUCUCAAAAUGAUAUAUUACGCACUGUAAAAAUAUUAAAUUUGAGUAGCUCUUUCAAUUAAAAAGUGUUCUUUUUUAA